GUCUGCUUUGAGAUUGCAAUUCAAUAAUUUGUGGUUAACGCAAGUCAUCUGAAAUGCCUCCUGCCUUUGUCGGUUUUGCAAACUUCAGUGGAAACCUUUUGGUUUCAAAAAGUAAACAAAGUCUUCAAUCAAAAAGCUUUUUAGGUGUUUCAGUUUCUUCUGAACACCCAAUCUCUAGAGGCCAAUUCACUCCUGCUGGAGGCAAGUCUCGUAUAGUGUGUCUUUCUUGGGGAGUUAAAGGAGGUGUUGAAAAGUUUGCAGACAGUUUGGUUGAAACUGCUCGUUCCAUAGCCUCACCUGGCAAGGGAAUAUUGGCAGUGGAUGAAUCUACAAAGACCAUCGGAAAACGCUUGGCUUCUAUUGGAGUUGAGAAUACAGAGGAAAACCGUCAAGCAUAUCGGGAAUUGUUGUUUACCUGUGAGGGACUGGGACAAUAUAUUUCGGGCGCAAUCCUUUUUGAAGAAACUUUAUACCAGAACGCACGUAACGGCAAGUCAUUUGUUGAUUGUCUGAGAGGAGUGGGUGUCAUUCCUGGUAUCAAGGUAGAUAAAGGAUUAUCACCGUUACCCGGUGGAGAAGCUAUUGAAACUUGGUGUACUGGGCUUGAUGGUCUGAGUGAACGAGCAGCUGCUUACUACAAACAAGGUGCCAGAUUUGCCAAAUGGCGAGCAGUGUUGCAGAUAUCUCCAGAAACACCCACUGAACUUUGUGUUCAAGAAAAUGCUCGCGGUCUUGCUCGAUAUGCUAAAACUGUUCAGGAACAGGGUCUGGUUCCUAUUAUUGAGCCAGAAAUUUUGAUGGACGGUGACCACGAUAUAGAACGCACGGCUCAAGUGCAAGAACAUGUUCUGGCAACCGUUUAUAAGGAAUGUGAUAGUAAUGGAGUUUUACUGGAAGGUUCUCUGCUGAAGCCCAAUAUGACCGUUCCAGGCGCGGAUUGUAAACGACAAGUAAGUGCGGAAGACAUUGCACGAUAUACAAUCAGAACAAUGGAACGUCGAGUUCCUUCUGCAGUACCUGGAAUUAUGUUCCUUUCCGGUGGUAUGUCCGAAGAAGAAGCUUCGGUCUAUCUCAACGUUAUGAAUAAGAUACAACGUCGUGGACCUUGGAGUUUGUCGUUUUCAUAUGGUAGAGCUCUGCAACAAUCCUGUUUAAAGAGUUGGAAGGGUAAGCAAGAAAAUGUGAAGGCAGCUCAAGAAGCCUUACUUGCAAGAGCUCGAGCUAACUCAAAAGCUAAUUUGGGGAAGUAUGUUCCGGGUUCUGAGCCUACGUUAGAUAAGACGGGAACCUUUGAGAAGGCUUAUGUCUAUUAAUGGUUCCAUUUGUCAUGUAUCGCUUUGUGAUUGGAAUAAAGCCUAUUCAAUUAGAUUGAGUGCUCUUCGCAUGAAGUGGCUUUCGUGGCACACACUCGGAGAAGUUGUGAAAGGUUGUUUUUGGUCCAUACCUAUCACCAUAACCUUUUGUGACC